GCUUUCGUAGGUUACCAAAUGCAACAGAUGACUUCAUUCAUUGACCACUUUGGUUUUCAUGAUGAAGAAUUUGGCGAGCAGGAAGAGAAUGUCAAUGCUCCCUUUGACAAAACGGCCAACAUCACCUUCUCACUGAAUGCAAAUGAUGACAGUCCCAAUGCCAACCUUUUUGACAUCUGCUACAAAGAGCGAAUUCAGCAAUUUGAUGAUGAUGAAGAGGCUGAUGGCUCUGAUGGGGAGGACAUCUGGCAGGAGAAGGAGAGGACUAUCACUUCGGGUACCUCACCAUCUAUGACAGUCAGGUAGGAGAGAAUCUAUUGUAUUAGCUUCCAUCAACACACUUUGGACCAAGAGUUCCCCCCUUUCUUUUUUUUCCUUUCUUGAAUACAUGUAUUCUGGUAAAUAAUUCAUGUUUUUAUUUUCAAAGACUCACAACUUUGCUUGGUUUAUUGUGGUUAAAUCAUCUUCCUUAUUUCUAUCUUAAGCUAGCGCAUGUUUCUCCUGUUUUAUCUUGCAUGAAAUACAUAAGCCUUGAUGGUUUUUUCCCUGUUGUUCCAUUGCCUUUGCAUGCACAAUCUCAUUUUAUAAAUAUAUUUUGCCUCUUUAGGUCAGUCCUUUCAUUCUCAGUCUUUGGUUAGAGUGGGUGAAGAAUCAUGCAAAACAAAAUCAAACAGGGAUGCGAACUAGAUAAAAAUAUUGUGUGUUAAGAUAAUACAUUUUAGACUUGCUGGGAAUUGCUGGGGGUGUGAGAGGCACAUAAAGGCAGCCUCCUUCCCAGGAUCCUUGAAGGUUUUCCACAAGAGGUUUCCAUUUUACAGGGAUAUUCUUUCCAUUCUGUCUCUCUGUUUCCCUUAUUAAUCAAGCAGAGGGAAAACCUCCUUUGUCAUGUUUACCAGUAAACUGCAGGUCAUAUUUAGACGAGGCCUGAAGAGUACUUCUUGGGUCCUGUCACACAUUCUUGCAUGCUGGGGCCUUGUCAGCUGCCCUCUUCUACAAAAUGGGAAUGAGCAAAUAAAGCUAGACCGGAUGACAUGAAUAGUGUUUUAGCAUAGCUUAAAGUGCUUAAUAAUACAUAAGACUAUUCUUAGUAGCCAUGAAAUUGAAGCUGAAGAUGAUUCAGUGUUCAGUAUCAGCUUCUCUGUUCAAGGUCCAGACUUUUAGCUCUUAUUACUCUCAACUGCAUAUCUUUCCUCCCUUGAAAAUUCUCCCCAUUCAAAAAACAAAAAGCAAAAGUAGACAUUCCGUUUUGGAAGCCUUUUUUCCCCUUCUCAAGUAUGUCUAAUCUGAUAAAUAUAGUGCUUGUUGCUUCCUAUUUUAAAAUGGAAUUUGUGUCACUAAAAGGAGAUGAUUUAAUUUUUAAACUCUCCUUUGAGCUUUUUCCUACAUCUGAUAAUACUUCCUCUGUUGCCACUAUUGUCACAUGAAAUAAUCUUUUGGGGCCGCUCUUUGCUGUCAGCCACAAUUGUGUGAUGCUUGGCUCUAGAAUUUCCUAUUAUGGCUGUUUUCUUGAAUUUUGUUGGUUAAUCCUGUAGACCUUCUGUAAUAAUCUGAAGCAUUUAAAUCUUUGUGAUAGAUUAUUCUUUCUUCUCUAUUAGCUAUAACAGGUACAUACUACCUGCUGUUACCGUGGGGGUGGGAGGGUUUAUUUUUAAUGUUGUACACUGCCGGAGUCACCGAUUUGUGAGUUUGAACAGCCAUACAGAUUUGUUUAACAAAUAAAUAUAUUUUAUAUUUAUAUAUCUAGGGAAUGCAUUUUCAGAAUCAAUUUGGGCUCCAAGGGUCAUUAGGGUAGAGUAGAACAGAACAGAAUAGAAAGGGACUUGGAGGUCUUCUAGUCUUAU